UGGGUAUAUCUAUGUAACAAAUAGCAGCACAGGAGCCCCCUGGGCUCCCUCAGGCUCUGGUAUGACAUUUUUGAGCCAUAUAAAUUCAGCUUCUCCUCUGGCAUCUGUUAGCCGACUUGCAACUCCACCUCAGCAGUGGUCUCAGUUCUCUCAAAGCCGGGAAAGAGUGCAGUGUGCUGAGAGACCAUGGCCAAGAAUCCUCCAGAGAACUGUGAGGACUGUCACAUUCUAAAUGCAGAAGCUUUUAAAUCCAAGAAGAUAUGUAAAUCACUCAAGAUUUGUGGGUUGGUGUUCGGUAUCCUGGCCUUAACUCUAAUUGUCCUGUUUUUGGGGGGCAAGUACUUCUGGCUGGAGACACCCAAAAAAACAUACGACAUGGAGCACACUUUCUACAGCAAUGGAGAAAAGAAGACGAUUUACAUGGAAAUUGAUCCUGUGACCAGAACCGAAAUAUUCAGAAGUGGAAAUGGCACUGAUGAAACAUUGGAAGUACAUGACUUUAAAAAUGGCUACACUGGCAUCUACUUUGUAGGUCUUCAAAAAUGCUUCAUCAAAACACAGAUCAAAGUGAUUCCUGAAUUUUCUGAACCAGAGGAGGAAAUAGAUGAGAAUGAAGAAAUUACCACAACUUUCUUUGAACAGUCAGUGAUUUGGGUCCCAGCAGAAAAGCCUAUUGAAAACCGAGACUUCCUUAAAAAUUCCAAAAUUCUGGAGAUUUGUCAUAAUGUGACCAUGUAUUGGAUCAAUCCCACUCUAAUAGCAGUUUCAGAGUUACAGGACUUUGAGGAAGAUGGUGAAGACCUUCACUUUCCUACCAAUGGAAAAAAAGGGAUUGAACAAAAUGAGCAGUGGGUGGUCCCUCAGGUGAAGGUGGAGAAGAUGCGUCACACCAGACAAGCAAGUGAAGAAGAACUUCCAAUAAAUGACUAUACUGAAAAUGGAAUAGAAUUUGAUCCCAUGCUGGAUGAGAGAGGUUAUUGUUGUAUUUACUGCCGUCGAGGCAACCGCUACUGCCGCCGCGUCUGUGAACCUUUACUAGGUUACUACCCAUAUCCGUACUGCUACCAAGGAGGGCGGGUUAUCUGUCGUGUCAUCAUGCCUUGCAACUGGUGGGUGGCCCGCAUGCUGGGGAGGGUCUAAGAGCAAGUUUGAGCUCCUUGCUUAAAUUUCUGGCAGCCAACAUAUAAUAAAUGCAUGCUAUUCAAUGAAUUUCUGCCUAUGAGGCACUUGGCUCCUGGUAGCCAGUACUCUGGAAUUACUUGUAAGUAAUUCCUCUCUCAUGUUCUAAUAAACUUCUACAUCAUCA